AUGGGAGGCCUCUUGCCUUGGGUGCUGGGUCUGCUCUCCUGGCCAUGUUUGAUCCUUGGAGCUCCUUCAGCCUCCAGCUUCCCAGAAGGCCUCACCUCCGAGGAGACCAAUGUGUCUUGGGACAAGGACAUCCCUGCGAUUAACCAAGGGCUCAUCCCAGAGGAAACCCCAGAAAGCAGCUUCCUUAUCGAGGGGGACAUCAUCCGGCCAAGUCCCUUCCGACUGUUGUCAGCAACCAGCAACAAGUGGCCCAAGAACAGUGGUGGCAUUGUAGAGAUCCCCUUCCUGCUCUCUAGCAAUUAUGAUGAGCCCAGCCGCAAGGUCAUCCUGGAGGCGUUUGCUGAGUUUGAACGUUACACGUGUGUCAGGUUUGUCUCCCACCAGGGCCAGAAAGACUUCAUUUCCAUCAUCCCCAUGUACGGGUGCUUCUCUAGUGUGGGGCGCAGUGGAGGGAUGCAGAUGGUAUCCCUGGCACCUGCCUGUCUCCGGAAGGGCCGGGGCAUUGUCUUGCAUGAGCUCAUGCAUGUGCUGGGCUUCUGGCAUGAGCACGCACGGGCUGACCGGGACAGCUAUAUCCGUGUCAACUGGAAUGAAAUUCUCCCAGGCUUUGAAAUCAACUUCAUCAAGUCCCGGAGCAGCAACAUGCUGACACCCUAUGACUACUCCUCCGUGAUGCACUAUGGAAGGCUUGCUUUUAGCCGGCGAGGGCUGCCCACCAUCACACCACUCUGGGCCUCCAGUGUCCACAUUGGCCAGCGAUGGAACCUGAGUGCCUCGGACAUCACUCGGGUCCUCAAGCUCUACGGCUGCAGCCCGAGUGGCCCUGGACCCCAAGGAACAGGGUCCCAAGCCUACAGCAGCCGUAGGAGCCCUGCUCCUGCCUCCAGACCAUCCCUGCAGUGGCUUCUGGAGGUGCUGUCGGGGGAACCCGCGAGCCUUGACCCUAGCAACCCCAGGCCUGAAGGCCAGGAUGUUUCUGAAGGGCCUGGAGAGAACUCACGUGGGUGGGAGUCCCCUGCCCUGAAGAAGUUCAUUGUGGAGGCCUCAGCAAGGAUACCUCAGACCCCAGCUUCCUCCUCAGGGUCAAGGCCUAAAGUGAGCGUUCCUGCUAUUGCUCUGGUGCAGCAGUGGCUGGCCCAAGUGCCCACUGAACCCCCAGCCUCCUCUUCAGAAGCAGGAGACCAACCAGUGCCUAUCCAGGCUCCUUUGGGGAGCCCAGCUCUGCCAGGAGGCUGUGUACCUGGAAGUCACUUCAGGGAGCUGCCUAGAGAUUAA